CUCCACAGAUCAAGAGCUGAAAAAUGUCAUUGACAAACUGGCCCAGUUUGUGGCUCGAAAUGGACCCGAGUUUGAGAAGAUGACAAUGGAGAAACAGAAGGACAAUCCCAAAUUCUCUUUUCUCUUUGGAGGGGACUUCUUCGCCUAUUACCGGUGCAAGCUUGCUAUGGAACACCACCAGCGUAUGUAGUUCAUAUAGCUAUCAAUUCAAAUAGUCUUGUCUUAGAUUCCAAAGCCAACAGUCUUUUUAUUCCGUUUUGCAGCAGGUUUGGAGCACAACCACCACGUGCAGAUAUUGUAGCCUAACCUGUGACAUCUGCUCACAUCUUUCUAGUUAUUGCAGGAAGAAGACCAGAUCUGAAUUUAUUUCUGUAUAAUAGAUAGGCUAAAUCUGUGGCUGUUUGUAUGCCACUGUAUUGUAAUGUGUGCUUCUCUCCACAUAGAUCCUACUACCCACGAAUGUGAGGAGUAUAAAUUGGAAGGUAUUUACUGGAACGAUAGAAGUCCCAACUUGCACAUUUUGCUCGACAUUCAUCUGGUGUUUUUGCACCACCAGUGCUUGAAGGCUUUGUUUUUGUAUUGUUUUUCAUGUUUGUAUUUUUCAAUCAUGAUCUUUUUUAAAUGAAGGAUACCCUGACAACUGGUGUUGAUCGAAUUACUUCUAUUUUAGUUAUUGUCUAAAACAUUCCAUUUUAGAUUUUUCAUCCACAAUUCAAGUUUGGACUUUGCAAAGCCUAAGUAUGUCAGUUUUCUAAGCAAGAGUUUUUGAUAUUCUUGAUGCUUGUUGAUAUCAGAUGCAGAUUUAUGUUGUUUUUGUCCGUUGCGUGUGAUUCAAUGCUGCUGCAAAGUUUGUGACAUAAAAAUCCACCUGUUCUCCUGUUACAAAAUUACGGCUGUUUUUUAUUUAAGCUGUUUCAGAGAUGCUGCAAAAUGCUUAAUGUUUUUAAAUCUCAAUUCCUUUGAAGUAUAAAGGAAUUUAGUAUAAAUGAAGAUGAGAACAUUUCUUGCAUGAAGCUAGUUGCAUGUAAAAAUGCCCUUGUUUCAGUACUGGUUUUCUUUUCAGGAAUUUCAUUUCAUUAUUAAUUUCAUUUUUUUAGGUCACUUUGCCAAGUGCCUGUGCAAAUGACAAAAAGCAUAGAGAAUACAAUGAAUUUAUUUUAUUUUAUCAUGCUUUGUCCUUUAAUCACUCAGACAUUUUGGCCUUGUUUUGCAGAUCUUUAUAAUCCACCCGGUAAGGAAGUCCUAGAUGUCCCUCCACCAAUCGCCAUCCUGGCCCCGCCCCCCAUUGCCCCUGCCACGCCCUCUCUAGAUGAGCUCAUCCAGCAGAGCCAAUGGAAUCUGCAGCAGCAAGAACAGCACCUGCUCACUCUCAGACAGGUACGGGUUACCGUACCCCAGGGUCGGUCAGUCUUCUAAACCAUGAUUAGUUGAGUCGGAUGUGUUAGUGCUGGGCUGGUGCAAAAGCCUGCACACACUGGCCCUCCAAUGUCGCAGACUGACCAUCGCUACCAUGUCCUAUAUUAUCUGGUCAUAAAAUGUUAGAGACAGAAAACAUGAAGUUUCAAAGCAAAUGCAUUUGACAGCUGUUGUUUUUCCCUAGAUGUCCAGACUGAAAUGGGUGUCAUUUGUUUGAUUCCAGGAGCAAGUGACGGCAGCCAUAGCUCUGGCCAUGGAGCAGCAGACCCAGAAACUGCUGGCGGAGACUCAGCAGGACAUCUCUGAAUUUGACAACCUGCUGCAGCCCAUCAUUGACACCUGCACUAAAGACGCCAUCUCGGUACGUUCAUGACACCAGGUUAACACAACAUAAACAAUAGAUGAGCUGGACAAUGGUCUUGUAUAUUUAGUCAGUUGAAAGUUGAGUCAGUUGUAUGUUUCUUUCCGGUUCCUCCCAGGCUGGUAAGAACUGGAUGUUCAACAAUGCCAAGGGCCCCCUGCACUGCGAGCUGAUGUGCUCACACCUCCGGAACCGCAUCACAGCCGACGCAGCCCACUUCGAACUCCGCCUUCACCUCAUCUAUCUCACCAAUGAUGUCCUCCAUCACUGGUAAAAGCAUGAUGAAAAUAAGGCUUUGUUUUUACUCUCAGAAUGCACUUUUUUCAUAUUGUAUGUGAGUGGUAAUCUAAGGUGUAUUUUAAACUCGUCAAACAAAACUGACUUGCUUGUGCUCGAUAAUGGAAGUAAUUAUGUCAUGCAUUGUAUUGGUGGUUAGUUAAGUGAACCUCGUCUUGUGUCAUACCAGUCAGAGGAAGCAGCAGAGGGACCUGCUAGCAGCGCUGCAGAAGGUGGUGGUGCCCAUCUACUGCACCAGCUUCCUGGCUGUAGAGGAGGACAAACAGCAGAAGGUUACGCGGGUAAGUGGACUGCCUGUUCAAUGUAGACAUUGUUCCAUAUAGAUGUUGCCUGUGGUCUGAAUGACACCCUCUGUUUCCUGUUUCUCUCACAGCUGCUGCAGCUCUGGGAAAAGAAUGGCUACUUCGAUGAGGUGACGAUCCAGCAGUUACAGAGUCCAGCUGUCGGCCUGGGCCAGUAUCAGGUGAGGACUGAGGCUAGUGGCCUAGUAAAGUGAAAUACUGCAAGUUGGCUGACAAUUAAAAGGAUUGGACUUUGAAGUCAACCACAUAUACACGUCCUGCCCCAUGCCACACAAAAAGUUCCAUCAAAAUUGAAUAAAGUUGAUUUACUUUUAAUUGAAUUGAUUUUAUGUACUCUGGCCAGGCCAGUGUUCUCUGCAGCACUAACAAUGCCCCUCUGGCUCAUCUCCUCCCCCCUCUCCCAGGCCUCUCUGAUCACGGAGUACGCUGCAGUGGUACAGCCCGUUCAGCUGGCGUUCCAGCAGCAGAUCCAGACCCUUAAGACGCAGCAUGAGGAGUUUGUUGCUAACCUGGCGGUGCAGCAGCAGACUGCAGUGGUGGCGGCCGCAGCAGCAGUGAGCCAGCUAGCUGCAGCAGAGCCCGACGUUAAGGCAGUCACCACUCAGCCUGGUGAGGGGAGAGAGAGAAACAUACUCGUACACAUGCAUAAACACACACACAUAAGCACACACACCAAACACUUCAUUAUGUACUUUCGUUUACAUGUUGAUGAGGCUGUUGUUCUCUGUUAGCAAAACAGCACUGUAGAGAUGCUGGUGACAGGUUUGAUUGACUUUUAGGCUCUCUCUCUCUUGCGUACACACACAGACCCACAAACACACCCCAAGCACUUCAUGAUGUUAUUUCGUUUACAUGUUGAUUAUGGGUAGAUUCUUCAUCUUUAGCCAUAUUUACCCUUUAAUCAAAUAUCCUUCACUCUGUCUUGUGGUGUCAACAGGAGAGGUGAAGGCGUCCAUGUCUGGCCCUCCUGGUGAUUAUGACGGAGCCCCGCCCAGAUCAGACCCCGGUGCUAACAACAGUGGCCACUCUGAUAACUCCUCCUCCAAACCCUGGUUCGACCCGCAACACAUGUCUGGAGGCUGGAACCCCAAUCAGCCAGUAAGCUCGUCCUACUGUGUUGUUUAUAUGCACUGUGUGAUAAUGUAAAACUCUCAAAUUGAUAUGAGGAAUAGUCUGUGUUGAUAUAUUUACAGGUUUACUGUUUUCAUAGAGUUGAACAGAUUGACUGUAGUUCCUAUCUAUUGAAUCAGUCCCAUGCAAACAAACUGUUGAGUUGAUGAAUGAGUGAGUGGUGAAGGUAGUGUAACAUGGAAGAUGAGUCUCUGUUUAAACACCCUUUAUUUUUGUCCCCUCUCAGCCUCCGUUCGACCCCACCCAGGCGCCCCCGCCUUGCCCGCCCUGGAACAGCCAUGAAGGCAUGUGGAACGAGCAGAGAGGGGACCCCAGCUGGAGCGGAGGCCCCCCGAGGGGGGAGGGCGGUCCCUGGAGCGGAGGGGGAGGACAGAACGAGCCCCCUCCCAACUGGAGUGGACAGUAUGACCAGCCCCCCUGGAGCAACCAGGGGCCUGACCAGCCCCCCUGGGGCCAGAGAGAGCCCCCCUUCCCCCGCAUGCAGAGGCCUCCUCACUUCAGAGGGCCCUUCCCGCCCCACCAGCAAGGGCCCCCUCCCUUCAACCAGCCGCCCCCACCUCCCCACAACUUCGGCCGGUUCCCUCCGCGCUUCAUGCAGGAUGACUUCCCACCCAGGCACCACUUUGAGAGGCCACCCUACCCUCCACACCGCUUUGACUACCCACAGGGAGACUUUCCUGGAGGUAAGAAGACAGGACAGUUCCCACCAUGGGAGCUCAUUAUUCACUGUUUCUUUUUACAAAUUUUCUAUGACUAUUGUAUAAGCACCCCUCUGGCUUAUUUUCCUGACCACCAUCCAUAGUUACAGUUCACAUCGAUUUACGUGAUCAUUUGUGACUGACAGUUCUAUCUACAACAUGUAAUUUAACUGAAUCCCUCCCCUUGCCCCUGCGUGUUGACCAAGACAUGGGCCCCCCGCCCCACCACCACCCCAGCCAGAGGAUCCCUCCUCCGGGCAUGGGGGGAGGAGAGCACCCUCCCUGGGGGGGUAACCAGCACCCUGACUUCGGCCCCCCGCCCCAUGGCUUCAACGGCCAUUCCCCCCAUAUGAGGCAGCGGCUGUCCCCGGCUCACGUCAACCAGGACGACCCCAGCCUGGUCCCCAACGUCCCCUACUUCGACCUGCCCGCUGGACUCAUGGCCCCUCUAGUCAAAGUGAGUAGCAUGGGAUGGAGAUGUCUAUUGCUUUUCAAGGAUACAUUUUCCACAGCUCACCAUACCUAGAGAUAAAUGUAUUUUUCGGGCCCCAGUGAUCUAAAGUGUUUUGUUCUCUACCUGUUUAUGUGCGUAAGCUUGAAGACCAUGACUACAAAGCCUUGGAUCCCAAAGACAUCCGCCUUCCUCCCCCCAUGCCGCCUAGUGAUCGCCUGCUAGCUGCUGUGGAGGCCUUCUACAGCCCCCCCUCCCACGACAGACCCAGGAACAGGUAAAACACAAACAUUUUCACUUCAUGUGCUUGAGUGAUCAAUGCAUUAUGUGUGCUCUAUUGAUUGCAAUGUCUUUGUCGGUCAGUGAGGGCUGGGAACAGAACGGCCUGUAUGAGUUCUUCAGAGCCAAGAUGAGAGCCAGGAGGAAAAAGGGCCAGGAGAAACACAACAGGUGAGACAGUCUGCCUGCUGACUAGCCUUAUGUCUCACACACAGACACAUCCAUUUCAUAGACUUAUCUGUAGUACAAGGAGACUUUGGGUACCACUUAACAUAAAAUAAAUGUGCCUUUGAAAUACAAAUGUUUGGCCCUCUGUUUCCCAUCUGUAAGUACUGUAAGAGAGAUGAGUGCGUUAAAGAAGUGUGUGUGUUCUCUCUGUCUCUCCCAGUGCCCACGGGGGUAGUCGUUCACACAGCCGUUCUCGUAGUCGGGGCCGCUCCUCAUCUCGUUCCAGCUCCAGAUCCUCCAAGUCCUCCCGCUCCUCCUCACGGUCCCGCUCUCGCUCCUACUCCAGAUCACGCUCCAGGUACGCACAGAUGGGAUUCUUCCUGAUUUUAACAGGAAUUGCAGAUUUUGUCAGGAAUACUAUCAGAUACGCCUGUACGAUACAAUGGAGAUGGACUGGUAGACCUUUUUCCUCAUUUGGUUGGAGGUUAGGUGGUGAUAAGUAACACUGUGGAGUGAACAUGGUGAAGGAUGACGGAUCAUGUUGUUUGUCUUUCCCCUCCACAGGAGCAGGAGCCGAUCCAGGUCGCCCCGCAGUCGCUCUCGUUCCAGGUCUCGCUCCAGAUCUCGCUCUCCUGACAAGAGACGGCUGGAGAGGCACGGGCAUGCCUCCACCCCCGCUGCCGCCGCCCCUCAGAAGUCCCGUAGCCCCUCCCCUCCGUAAGUCCCUCUCAUCUCAGCAUGCACUAUCCUGCUCUUCACGCAUCGUAUUGCCUCUGACAUAUUGCUUACAAAUCUGUGCAUAUCAUACGGAUAGGGGCUAGGGACGGGUAGAGACAGUGUAACUGUGCCAUCGACAUAAUGGAGGCAGUCACUCUCACAUUGAAAAUGUAAAGCAGAGCAUUGAAGGCUGUAGAUUACUGAAUGUAUUGGUUGUGAUCAACAGCGCUAAUUCUGGGCUUGGAGCAGCUCCUCCUAUCCUGCCUCCAGACAGCAGGCUGGGAGAGGAGAACAAGGGCCAUCAGCUGCUCAUGAAAAUGGGCUGGAGUGGUUCAGGGGGGCUUGGGGCGAAGGAGCAGGGCAUCCAGGACCCCAUCAAGGGGGGAGAACUCCGGGACAAGUGGGACCAGUAUAAAGGAGUGGGGGUGUCACUGGACGACCCUUAUGAGAACUACCGCAGGAACAAGAGUUACAAUUUUGUAGCUCGCAUGAAAGCAAGGGAGGAAGGUAGGAAUGUUCAUUAAGUGAUCUCUGUAGGUCUUUUUGAAACUGUUGCAAUGACAUUCUGAUGUUGUGGACAGUUGUAUUUGUAGGUGAUAUGACAAACUAAAAUAUAAUCAUGUGUGUUUAUUUCAGUGAAUCGGGAACCACAGGAGGCCCCUCCCGCUGAAUGACGUGCAUCGAAAAGCAAACAACCCCUACCCAGAACACACCUCUUCACAAUUCGUUUUUUGUACAGUAUAAUGGUCUUAACAGUGUUUCCCUCUAUCUGUUUGCAAAAUCCUCACAUACCAGAAGGUUGGGGUCCUUAGUUUUAAUGUUGCUUUUCUUGUGAUACUUGUCAAUGUAUUCUUCUCAUGUUCCAGGAUUUGAUUACUUGGAAAUGGAUAGAAAUAGUAUUGUGUUGCUCUUUUAUAACAAAAAGAAAAUCCCACAAAACAGAGGAAUGCACAUGGAAUCAAUGUCAUGCCAGCUAUAACUGUGAAUCAAAUGACCCUCUACUAACCACUGCCUGGCUACCCAAACUCCUUGCUCCGCCCAAAUGCUACGCCACGCCCACGGACGUUAGUUUCUUCUCC